GGCCCGUCCCGUCAGCAAGGCAGUGAGCACCGCGGCCAGCAGAGGGCGGUCCGGACCCAAGUCUGCAGCGGCGCCAUUGGCGUGUGGAAAAUGCCACCAGAUGGCGGGUUAGGAUUGCAGCUCCGUUGAAGGCGCGGCCCCCGCUCCCGAACCCCCGGCGACCACCCCGUAACAACCCCCCCACAUCGGGAAUAACACACCGGAGACUUUUGGGGGGAAACUAGGUCGACGGCCGGUGGCGCCCGGAUGGGCAGCUGAGGAUUGCCUUUGAGGUUAUUUUAAAAGUUUUGAGUUGUACAGCACUUGAUUAUUUUGCUGCAUUGUGAAAGGACCUCUCCAGCAAUGAUUACUUCAGAAUUACCAGUGUUACAGGAUUCAACUAAUGAAACUACUGCCCAUUCCGAUGCUGGCAGCGAACUUGAAGAAACAGAGGUCAAAGGAAAAAGAAAAAGGGGUCGUCCUGGCCGGCCUCCAUCUACAAAUAAGAAACCUCGAAAAUCUCCAGGUGAGAAGAGCAGAAUUGAAGCUGGAAUUAGAGGAACAGGCCGUGGAAGAGCUAAUGGGCACCCUCAACAGAAUGGCGAAGGGGAGCCUGUCACAUUAUUUGAGGUGGUGAAACUGGGGAAAAGUGCAAUGCAGUCCGUGGUGGAUGACUGGAUUGAAUCAUAUAAACAAGACAGGGACAUCGCACUUCUGGAUUUAAUCAACUUUUUUAUCCAGUGUUCAGGAUGUCGAGGUACUGUGAGAAUAGAGAUGUUUCGAAAUAUGCAGAAUGCAGAAAUCAUCAGAAAAAUGACGGAAGAAUUUGAUGAGGACAGUGGUGAUUAUCCCCUUACCAUGCCUGGACCUCAGUGGAAAAAAUUUCGUUCAAACUUUUGUGAAUUUAUUGGAGUCCUGAUUCGACAAUGUCAGUAUAGCAUAAUUUAUGAUGAGUAUAUGAUGGACACAGUAAUCUCCCUUUUGACGGGUUUGUCAGACUCCCAGGUCAGAGCUUUUAGGCAUACAAGUACCCUUGCUGCCAUGAAGCUCAUGACUGCUCUGGUGAAUGUUGCCUUAAACCUCAGUAUUCAUCAGGAUAAUACCCAGAGACAGUAUGAAGCCGAAAGAAAUAAAAUGAUUGGGAAGAGAGCCAAUGAAAGGUUGGAGUUACUACUUCAGAAACGCAAAGAGCUACAAGAAAAUCAGGAUGAAAUCGAAAAUAUGAUGAACUCUAUUUUUAAGGGUAUAUUUGUUCAUAGAUACCGUGAUGCUAUUGCUGAGAUUAGAGCCAUUUGUAUUGAAGAAAUUGGAGUAUGGAUGAAAAUGUAUAGUGAUGCCUUCCUAAAUGACAGUUAUCUAAAAUAUGUUGGCUGGACUCUUCAUGACAGGCAAGGGGAAGUCAGGCUGAAGUGUUUGAAAGCUCUACAGAGUCUAUAUACCAAUAGAGAAUUAUUCCCCAAGUUGGAGCUAUUCACUAACCGUUUCAAGGAUCGCAUUGUGUCAAUGACACUUGAUAAAGAAUAUGAUGUUGCUGUGGAAGCUAUUCGACUGGUUACUCUGAUACUUCAUGGAAGUGAAGAAGCUCUUUCCAAUGAAGACUGUGAAAAUGUUUACCACUUGGUGUACUCGGCGCAUCGCCCUGUAGCUGUGGCAGCUGGAGAAUUCCUUCACAAAAAGCUAUUUAGUAGACAUGACCCACAAGCAGAAGAAGCAUUAGCAAAGAGGAGGGGAAGAAACAGCCCAAAUGGAAACCUCAUUAGGAUGCUGGUUCUGUUCUUUCUUGAAAGUGAGUUACAUGAACAUGCAGCCUACUUGGUGGACAGUUUAUGGGAGAGCUCUCAAGAACUGUUAAAAGACUGGGAAUGUAUGACAGAGUUGCUGUUAGAAGAACCAGUUCAAGGAGAGGAAGCAAUGUCUGAUCGUCAGGAGAGUGCUCUUAUAGAGCUAAUGGUUUGUACAAUUCGACAAGCUGCUGAGGCACAUCCUCCAGUGGGAAGGGGUACCGGCAAGAGAGUGCUAACUGCCAAAGAAAGGAAAACUCAAAUUGAUGAUAGAAACAAAUUGACUGAACAUUUUAUUAUUACACUUCCUAUGUUACUGUCAAAGUAUUCUGCAGAUGCAGAGAAGGUAGCAAACUUGCUACAAAUCCCACAGUAUUUUGAUUUAGAAAUCUACAGCACAGGUAGAAUGGAAAAGCAUCUGGAUGCCUUAUUAAAACAGAUUAAGUUUGUUGUGGAGAAACAUGUAGAAUCAGAUGUUCUAGAAGCCUGCAGUAAAACCUAUAGCAUCUUAUGCAGUGAAGAAUAUACCAUCCAGAACAGAGUUGACAUAGCUCGAAGCCAACUGAUUGAUGAGUUUGUAGAUCGGUUCAAUCAUUCUGUGGAAGACCUAUUGCAAGAGGGAGAAGAAGCUGAUGAUGAUGAUAUUUACAACGUUCUUUCUACAUUAAAGCGGUUAACUUCUUUUCACAAUGCACAUGAUCUCACAAAAUGGGAUCUCUUUGGUAAUUGCUACAGAUUAUUGAAGACUGGAAUUGAACAUGGAGCCAUGCCAGAACAGAUAGUCGUGCAAGCACUGCAGUGUUCCCAUUACUCGAUUCUUUGGCAGUUGGUGAAAAUUACAGAUGGUUCUCCUUCCAAAGAGGAUUUGUUGGUAUUGAGGAAAACGGUGAAAUCCUUUUUGGCUGUUUGCCAGCAGUGCCUGUCUAAUGUUAAUACUCCAGUGAAAGAACAGGCUUUCAUGUUACUCUGUGAUCUUCUGAUGAUUUUCAGCCACCAGUUAAUGACAGGUGGCAGAGAGGGCCUUCAGCCUUUGGUGUUUAAUCCAGAUACUGGACUCCAGUCUGAACUCCUCAGUUUUGUGAUGGAUCACGUUUUUAUUGACCAAGACGAGGAGAACCAGAGCAUGGAGGGUGAUGAAGAAGAUGAAGCUAAUAAAAUUGAGGCCUUACAUAAAAGAAGGAAUUUACUUGCUGCUUUCAGCAAACUUAUCAUUUAUGACAUUGUUGACAUGCAUGCAGCUGCAGACAUCUUCAAACACUACAUGAAGGUAUACUUAGCUCUUUUCACUGGACCACAAAGACUCAGCAUGAUUAUUGUUGUGAUAGAUCUAAAGUUCAAUUCAAGGAGAGAAACGUAUUUCUCCUUAUACCUUUUACAUAUUUUUAAAUUACUUAUUCAGAAAAUUUUAAAAAUUCUGAGCUAUAGGUUUUUCCUCUUUGUUUCUUUCUACCAGUUAUUUAAUGAACUUGUUCAAGAGCAAGGUCCCAACCUAGAUAGGACAUCUGCCCAUGUCAGUGGCAUUAAAGAAUUGGCACGUCGCUUUGCCCUUACAUUUGGAUUGGACCAGAUUAAGACACGAGAAGCAGUUGCUACACUUCACAAGGAUGGCAUAGAGUUUGCAUUUAAAUACCAAAAUCAGAAGGGACAAGAGUAUCCACCUCCUAAUCUGGCUUUUCUUGAAGUACUAAGUGAAUUUUCUUCCAAACUUCUUCGACAGGACAAAAAGACAGUCCAUUCAUACUUAGAGAAAUUCCUUACCGAGCAGAUGAUGGAAAGGAGGGAAGAUGUAUGGCUUCCACUCAUCUCCUAUAGAAAUUCAUUAGUCACUGGGGGUGAAGAUGAUAGAAUGUCUGUGAACAGUGGAAGCAGUAGCAGCAAAACUUCAUCAGUAAGGAAUAAGAAAGGACGACCCCCACUUCAUAAAAAAAGAGUAGAAGAUGAGAGUCUGGAUAACACAUGGCUAAACAGGACUGACACCAUGAUUCAGACACCUGGCCCCCUGCCAGCACCACAGCUCACAUCUACUGUACUUCGGGAGAACAGCCGGCCCAUGGGAGAGCAAAUUCAAGAGCCCGAGUCUGAACAUGGUUCUGAACCAGACUUUUUACACAAUCCUCAGAUGCAGAUCUCUUGGUUAGGCCAGCCGAAGUUAGAAGACUUAAAUCGGAAGGACAGAACAGGAAUGAACUACAUGAAAGUGAGAACUGGAGUGAGGCAUGCUGUUCGGGGUCUAAUGGAGGAAGAUGCUGAGCCCAUCUUUGAAGAUGUGAUGAUGUCAUCCCGAAGCCAGUUAGAAGAUAUGAAUGAAGAAUUUGAGGACACCAUGGUUAUCGAUCUGCCUCCAUCAAGAAAUCGGCGCGAGAGAGCUGAGCUAAGGCCAGACUUCUUUGACUCUGCAGCUAUCAUAGAAGAUGAUUCAGGAUUUGGAAUGCCUAUGUUCUGAAGUCUGAAGAAAAUUUACAAAUCUGGAACUCUAUUAUUUAGAGCUAGAGGCCUAUAUACUGUGAUAGCUUGUAUGGGGAAAAACACUUUUGAUGUGAUCUGAUUUGUUUUUUAAUCAAAUGAUUAAGGUCAGUUCCUUUUUGCAGUGACAGAAGAGGAGCAUGUAAAUUACCCAAGGGAAUGUUGGUGAAUGUCAACUCAGAAAGACUGACCUGAAAAUCAUUUGAGUCCUACUAUUGGACUUAUCCCAAUACAGAUGUGUGUGUUUUUCUGGAGGGAGGAAGAAAUUUUAAAUUUUUAAAACAGCUGUCAAGAUAAACACUGUUAUACACCUGUUUUAUGAAAACUCAACAUUGAGUAAAAAAAAAAAUAUUUUUAACUUUAUUUUCCUGUUGUACAAUUUAAAACCGUUUUAACAUUUUGCCUUUUUAUGUUUUAAAAGCUAACCAUUUUUAUUAAACCUAUGAGUAAGCAGCUCAUCCUAAUUGCUGAAGAGUGUUUUGGAGCUCACUGGAUUUGGUUGACCUUGUGGAACACAAAUAUGAAGGAGCAGAACACUGACAAGCUAAGAUGAAAUUCUGAUACAGUGCAUCUCUGCCAAAAACCACACACCCUCUGUGGAUAUGGAUAUGAAUUCCCAGAUUUUAUAUACUCUUGAAUAAAAAGGUUUAUUUUUAUUUAUAAGUGGGCAUAAAAUAAGAAAUGUCCUUGCAGCCAUUUUUCCAACAGAUGCUGUACACCGUUCAUUUUAUAUAGACUAGGGAGAUUCGAAUACAGUGCAUUUUCUAUUGGUAUUUGUUCUGUGCAUUUUUAGCAACUUCUACCAGCAAAUAAAGUAUUCUCAGUAAAACAAAAAUGAUUCUCAAGUUAUCAGUUUGCUGUUUUUACCACUUAUUUCAUGCCCUGCCAAAUUCAAGUUACACAGAUUUCCAUUUUCUUAAGAUAAUCAUGAAGAAAUCCUUUAUCAUUCAAAAGUAAUUUUAAGUGUAACAUAACUGUGUCUACUUCCCAUGCACUUAAUACCCUUAUGCGCUAAUUUUGUGAAUUAAGUUUACUGAUUAUAGAAGUAUGUGCCGCAUAGAAGUCUGUGCUUAGAGGGUGAAGUUCCUAAGCUUACCUUGAAUUACAGCUACAUUUCAGUGUUAAAUGUGCAUAUUAAGAAUACUUUUUUUGGGGAAAGAAAUUAUUAAUCUUCAGGACCGUCUACAAUGGUUUAGAGUUACAUUCUGCCUAGACUCUUACGACUUGCUGCUAUUGUUUUUUAAAGCCCGCUUAGUUUCUUCCUUUCGGAUUUCUAAAGUAAGCCUCAGAAUUUCCAAACCAAUCCAUCCACAGCUGUUCUGGGCUGGUUUUUAAAGUAGCUGCAACAGAAUCAUGAGGCUUUCCCUUUUUAUGAAAUACGAAAAACGUUUUUAAAAAUUCUGCGCACCCAGUGAUCAUCUUUUGUGCGGGAAAGCAAGAUGGAUGAUUUUAUUCAUCCUUUUAGUAAACAGACACGAAACAUUUUUCUCAACAUUUGUACAGUUCUGAAAAAACUUGGUCACCAAAAAUGUUUUCUCUGCUAAUUCAGCAAUUCUUGGGCUCCAGUUGGUUAGGGGAGCUGGGGCAUCAAUUUCUCCCAGAAUUGUGGGCUCACUGGAAGUGAAGGCGCAGGAAUGACUGGACUGUCUACCCCAGCCCUGCCUCCCUGUGGUUUUGGCUGGGGAGCAAGCCAUGAGGUGCCCUGGCACAUGCACAAACUGAUGCUUUGUGUGACAGUCUCGUAUCGAAAACAGACGCCGACAAUUGGUAGACUACCAUGCCACACACAAAAAAGGCUUAAUAUCUACUCCAAUGGGUUUCCAGUUCAGUUUGAAGUCAAUCAAAUUUUUGUAUUUUCGGUGUCUCCUUGAUUGGUUUUGCUAGUAAUUCUGUAAAUUGUACAUUUGCAAUAUGAGGUUUUUUUCCUUUUGUACAAUUUGAAACUGAUGCUUCACCUUUCCUUUAAUAAACUAUUCAAAAUCAG